GUUCUUCCAGAGCCCACAGUACGGCUGGCGGUCCGUGGCGGCCUGGUACAAGCUGACGAACGGCGUCAUUCCCGGCUGCGGCCAAGACCUCUUCGAUCUGAGCUUCGAAGAGCAGACGCGCUGCAUCCUCUCUUUCGUGAAUGACCGCUCGGUUGCCUACGACCAUGUCGGCUCCUGCCUCUCCGCGCCACCUUCAAGCACGACGGCCGCAACCACCACGACGACCACGCAGGGGGCCACAACCACAUCAACCACGAUGCCCACCACGACUACAGUCGCAGCUGCAGCUUGGCAUCAGGUAUUCUUGCAAAGGUGGUUGCUUUGA